CCUGUGUCCCUGCCUGUCGCCAGGGGAUAAUGCUUUCCUACCAUGCUGAUUGUUGGGAGGAUUAAAGAAAAUUCUCUUGGUCAACAAGAUUAUCCUGGCGCAGGUACCUAGGAGAGAGAUUAUGAGUGUGACAACUCAAACCCAGGGAGCUACAUUCAUAUAUCCUAUUGCAUGGGGCUUUUCCACCGCGGGAGAUGAACAGGGCAUGGACCCCUCAAAACCUCUGCAAAACGGGAGCUGCAUGCACUAACCUGGCUGCUUCUCAAGUUCAGGCAGCAAAAUUGUGGAAUGUGCACUUGGGAGUCCCAAAAAGCAGACAGAAGAUGCUCCAAACUAGCAACUACAGCCUGGUGCUCUCGCUACAGUUCCUGCUGCUGUCCUAUGACCUGUUUGUCAACUCCUUCUCAGAGCUCCUCCGAAUGGCUCCUGUCAUCCAGCUGGUGCUUUUCAUCAUCCAGGAUAUUGCAAUCCUCUUCAACAUCAUCAUAAUUUUCCUCAUGUUCUUCAACACCUUCGUCUUCCAGGCUGGCCUGGUUAACCUCCUGUUCCAUAAAUUCAAAGGGACCAUCAUUCUGACCUCUGUGUACCUCGCUCUCAGCAUCUCCCUUCAUGUCUGGGUCAUGAACUUGCGAUGGAAAAAUUCCAACAGCUUCAUUUGGACAGAUGGACUUCAAACACUAUUUGUGUUCCAGAGACUAGCGGCGGUGCUGUACUGCUACUUCUACAAGCGGACAGCGGUGAGGCUGGGCGACCCCCGCUUCUACCAGGACUCACUGUGGCUGCGAAAGGAGUUCAUGCAAGUCCGAAGGUGACUGCUUCAUGUCCUGUGGAUGGAUGCCUUUCCUUCCUGGCAGAAGCGGCCUGGGCUGCUCUCGAGGGAAGGACAUGGACUUCCUAGGACAUGCUCAGGCCAGCUGUGCUCAGCAUUCAAGAAGGAGGACUCUCCAGGCAUGGUUGGAAACUGAGGCAGGAGAACUGUUGUGAGUUCGGCCACCCUGGACCUACCUAGUGAGUUCUAGGAUAGCCUGCAGGAGGAGACUCUAUCUCAAAAAGAAGACCUUCCCUAUUCCAAAUUAAAGUUGUUUCCCUGCGACCGUAGAACAAAGGGCAAUCUUGCCUCCUACCUCUGUCCAUCCAGUCCCUUCUCCCCUGCUCUCCUGAUUCCGUACUUGAGUGACUGGGGCUGCAGACAAUGGUGGCGUGUCCUCCUGACUGACCACACCUUGGUCCUUUAGA